AUGCAAGCGAUGGUAGUGGCGCCGAAAGUGUCGCAGCCCGACUGCUCCAUGGCUAGUUCCGAUGGUGGUGGCACUGGUGUGAAUGGCACCUGUGAUGAACCGUCCACAUCGGUCUCUCCGGACCUGCAAGGUCUGCUGAACGACAUGAAAUUCUGGAAAAGACAGGCGGUCAUUAAAACAGAGAAGUUCAGGCGUAAGCUGCCCGAGUUCGAGUUCGACUGCGUGCCAGGCAGCGAAAAAGAACGCGAAAUCCGUAUGAUGUGCGAGCGGCACCUGGAAAACAAGAUGAAGAAGAUGGAACAGGAGUACAUGAAGAACAAGAGCUUGUCGUUCACGCCAACUACUGCCACCGACAAGGAUCAGAUGUUCCCGCCAGGCAGCGUCCAAACUGUCGAACAGCUGAAGCGAAAAAGAAGGAGAGGCAGUCCGGCACCGUGGUCAGAGUCCGUUGAUACGUGCUCGUGCAACCGAAUGGGUGACAGGGCGGACAUGUUUUUCAAUGCAGAUAGUGUCGGUGUCGAAAGUGGUGGUGGUGUAGUGCCGUAUUUGGACGUACCUCGUGACGAUGCCGGCGCCGGCUGUAGUCGUGCAAUGUGUCAGGGGGCGACGAACGUCGUGACUCGGGAAGCCGCCGCCAAGCAGUGUGCCAAUGAUCACCUCAAUCGUUUUGCGUCAGACCUGAAUCUGCCGAGGCACGUUAUUGAGGACAUUUUCCAGAGCACGCCAUGUUCAUUUGACCCAUCGGUAGUCGACGCUGUAACCAGCCAGUACUUGUCAGAGUUGGAUCGUGUUUUCGGCACCUCUUCUACCGGUACCGUUGAUCCUCAUGCUCCGCCCUCGACGUGUGCCACAACGAAUGGCAGUGCAAUUUUAAAUUCCCUUUGCAGCGUAGCAACAAACUCCACAUAUGAAGCUGUGGCUCACAGUGGCAUCGCAGUUUCCAAUAGUUUAUUUCUUCAGCUUGUGCAUGAUUCAGGGAACAACAACGUCGCCGAACUGAAGCAAGCGAAACGAUCGAUGAAACAACCUCAGCCUGCUUCUGGGCCCCCUGUUGCGUUCGACGCUCGGUUCUCAAGGCCCGACGGCGAUGACCACGUCUUUCAACAGCAGAUUCACUGUUUUAAGAAAGAGAGGCUGGAAAUCGACGAAGAUGUCCGUCAACCCUACUUCAUUCCUGAUUUGGUAGCUUCGGCGGACAACUACUGUGCUACCAGUGCAAUUGCCUCCAAAAUGGUACCAAAUGCGGACUGUCCCUACGUCAUGAACGGUUACCGCAUUCCAAGCGAAUCGUCGCUUAAUCCGACGUUCUUCAAUUCACCGGGGGUCAGUUACUGCAACCUGAACGAACAGCAACGGUAUUUCGAGUACCAGCGAGACGGCCCUGUUGCUGGUUUAGGACCGAGGUUUGAAGGUCCUUAUUCCGGAGUGUGUGCUUCACAGUGCAUCGUUGGCGACGGACCUUCGUACGGCAACCCGUCUAUAAGACCAACGAUGCCGCCACCAACGCAGGUGCCUUAUUGUAAGCAGGACGGAGUCCCAGGCGAAUUCAUCUAUAAUUGUUUUGGCGAACAGCCUCGGCCUUGCCAGUAUAGCAACGUUAACAAUAUCUCGUCGAUGAACAGCAUGAUGGACAAGUACUCCCUAAAUUGA